GAUGUCUAUAGUUGUAAUUUCGAGGGACUUCUGUUAUCAGGACAAUAGUCCUACUAAUUCGGUCAUGCGGUACGCGUCCUUUAGUACUGGAACACUAUUGUUAACGAUCGCACAGCGAACAAGUUUUUUUAAUGGUUAAUUUAAAAGCAACCGGGAUUCUACAGCGGCUGGAAUAAGAUUUACGAACAAUCAGAUAAUUGACGAGGGAAGGAGGGGCUUGUAGCGCUAUUAUAUAAAGUGAAUUUUGCAUGCCCCAAGAGUUCAGUCACUCUGGAACAAAGUUUGUGUUAACGUCCCUGCUCUCACCCUAUGAUGAGACUAGAGACAUGAAAUCAUAUUCAUUGAUGUUGCUGUUCAUGAUUGCGUGCUGUUCGCUUGCAUCUAGCGAAGACACAGUUUCAUUCACGGACCUUCACGAUAACACAUUUUGGCUUAAUCCAUUUGACAGGCCCCCAAAUGCUUCAGCGUUUCGUAAACUAGAAUCUCAGGAAGACGGUCUGGCAUUCUACCACCCUGACGAUUUGAAAUUGUUGCAUUCUCGUUGGAAUAAGAAUCAAAACAUCAUUCCCGAAUUGCAAACUUCUAAAGGUCGUCCAAUCACGAAAUUCGUCGAAGAGCUAUUUCCUGGUUUCAAGUUCACUACACCUCGAUCUACGAAGAAACCUAACCAACCACUUGUUGCAAGUAAGAACAAAAGGAGUGGAUCGAGGAAGACGAUCGAAGGCAAUGGUUCAAAGGAAAAAACUCAAUCUUCGAAACCUUUUUGGGGUCCUUCAAUCAUAAUUCCAUCUGUUCGGCCAUGGUUUUACACGACCCAAGCAACAAGGAAGCCUCCGUUCCAAUCAAAUUUGCCCAGCAUAGAUAUCAGCAGGGAACUUACUACAUCUGAUUAUGACGCACACGCCAUAGACGGACCUACACGGAAAUCGGAAAUCAGUAUCCCAUUGGAAACACGAGAGCCUUCUGUUCCUUUCUGGGGUAUUCCUAUUGAGACUUCGUCUACACGGCCAUUGCUCCCUUACUCAAAGAUAACGACGGCUGCUAUUCCUUCACACAUGGAGGAAGAAUUUCUUUUCCAUUUGUCCAAUGAAACUGUGAAUGGCGACGCCUUCUCAGGCCCGAUUGCUUUGGCACUUCAACAGCCGUACGACCUGCCAUACAACCCACCGAUUGCAACGGAACGUUUCCGAGAUCCGAUUCAUUUGAAACCUGGCCCACCAUAUCAGGACAAACAAGAGGAAAAUGAUUUUAUCGAGCAAAACGCCUGGCAAGCCACUGCUGCAGUUACGGAACCAACGAUAGUCGGCAACCCGAUAGCCACGGAACCGCGUUCGCCGCAGCAACAGCUAGAACCAGACUUGUCAAUUCAUCAACAGCUCUACCCUGGCUUUGCUCUCAACUCAGAUGUUGGCUUCCUUCCUAAGGAAAUUGACACUUCGGGCUCUUACCCAUCGUCCUAUCCGCAUGCUAUCAAGCCGAAACCUCACAUCAUCUACCAUCACCAACCAGCUCCGCAGCACAACAACUAUUAUCAUCCUCCUUCUAGAUUAACUCACAUUGAUUUCAGUCCGAUUUUCUUAGCCAUCGUUCCGAUCGCUUUAUUCUUGGGAGCAGCAGCAGCAUUUGCUUUAGCGUCGGCAGUGUCAUCUAGCUCGGCUGUAGCGACAGCUCAACAACAGCAACAACAGCAAGAAGAAAGCAGCAAUAACAAUAACAACGAUAACAACAACAAUAAUAACAACAUUAACACCAUUCUCGCUUUGCUGGCGGCUUUCCACGAAGUGAAAAAGAAUCACGAUGACCAUCAAAAAAUCGUCAUCGUCACUACCACCACCCCAGCAGCAGACAUUGUGGAUGUUGCUAAAGAAGCCCCGGUAACGACGGACCUGCCUCUUCCGCAACCAUCACCAACAGGGCCGUUCUUCAUCAAACUAUCGCCAUCGAGAACCGAGUCUCCGCCUGCACCGUUACAAUCAUACGGACAUUACGAACGCAAGAAAGUUACCUAUCACCAUAUGAAUGGGAUCACGUAAUUGACGCAUUUUUUAAAACAUGAUUCGACGUAUUUAUGAAACGACCUUUCUUUAUUUACGACUUUUAACCCUUUAAUCAACAUACGAUAACCUAGAAGGCCACCUGCCAAAUGUAGAAGCGUAAUCGUUAAUCUGUUGAUGAGCUUGUAAUCAACAGUUCGUUGAUGUGCUUUUGGGGUGAUAGUCUGCAGAAAGAACUGUACGGAAUGCUUCCGGCUAAACCACAACGUUUUAGUUUUCGAUAUUUAUUACCUACACGUGUAUCUACUUGUUUCCACCGCAGCCAAAGUCUUGUGACUUCGCAUUGGUUCGGCUCAGCCAUGUAUUCAAUGAUCUCCGCGUGCUUUUUACACGCGCUCAUUGGAGCAGGCUAUGACUUUCUUUUUUAUCGUUAUAGAU